UCGUGAGAGCGAAAGAAAGAGAAGGACGAGGUUGAGAGAGGGAGAGUGAAGCCCUAGUUUUUGGAUCUUGGUUUGGUGGGAAGAGAUCGAAGGAUGGAGGAGGAGGAGGCGAGGAGUGAGAGCAGUAACUACACGUCGGAGGAUGAGGGCACAGGGGAUUAUCGGCGAGGUGGGUAUCACGCCGUUCGUGUUGGGGAUUCGUUUAAGCAGGGGACGUAUGUUGUCCAGUCCAAGCUUGGAUGGGGUCACUUCUCCACCGUUUGGCUCGCUUGGGACACUGUUCAUUCGAGAUAUGUAGCAUUGAAAGUACAGAAGAGCGCGCAGCACUACACCGAAGCUGCAAUGGAUGAGAUAACAAUUUUGAAACAGAUAGCUGAGAAGGACCCUGAUGAUACCCGCUGUGUUGUGAAGUUGCUGGAUCACUUUAAGCACUCUGGGCCUAAUGGGCACCAUGUUUGUAUGGUAUUUGAGUACUUGGGUGAUAAUCUUCUCACACUUAUCAAGUACACAGACUACAAAGGAAUCCCUAUCCCUAUGGUGAAGGAAAUAUGCCGCCAUAUUCUUAUUGGUCUUGAUUAUCUGCAUCGUGACCUCUCUAUCAUCCACACUGACCUAAAACCUGAGAACAUCCUGCUCUGUACCACAAUUGAUCCUUCCAAGGAUCCACGGUCCUCCAGUACUCCACCCAUCAUCCCCACCAUCAUAUCUGAUGAUCCACCACCCAAGAUUCCAGCAUUAACAAAUGGGGACUUGACACGUAACCAGAAGAAAAAGAUUAAGCGGAAGGCCAAGCGAGCUGCAGCUGCAACGGCGGAGAGCUCACAAGCUACAACAGCCGCAGAUGCUGAUGGGGUUGAAGAUAAUGGGGAUUCAAAUACAGGAAAUGAUGAAGGUGGUGUUAGUGGAGCAGCACAUGAUGGCACAGGACAAGUGCAGCGACGGGGCAGCAAGGCAACAAGGAGGAAGCUGGCAUUAGCUGCUGAUCUGCGGUGCAAGUUGGUGGACUUCGGAAAUGCAUGCUGGACAUACAAGCAGUUCACUAGUGAUAUCCAAACAAGGCAAUACCGGUGCCCAGAGGUGCUUCUGGGUUCCAAAUAUUCCACGCCUGCUGACCUGUGGUCUUUUGCUUGUAUCUGCUUCGAGCUUGCCACUGGAGAUGUUCUCUUUGAUCCACAUAGCGGGGACAACUUCGACCGUGAUGAGGAUCACUUGGCAUUGAUGAUGGAACUUCUGGGGAUGAUGCCUCGAAAAAUUGCUUUAGGAGGCCGAUAUUCUCGCGAGUUUUUCAACCGAUAUGGGGACCUGAGGCACAUCCGUCGUUUGAGGUUUUGGCCCCUCAAUAAAGUACUAGUUGAGAAGUACGACUUCAGUGAGCAAGAUGCAAAUUACCUGGCUGACUUCCUCACCCCCAUUCUUGAUUUUGUUCCUGAUAAACGGCCUUCAGCAGCACAAUUAUUGCAGCACCCAUGGAUAAAUGCUGCUCCAUCGGCUCACCCGUUACCUGUGCCACCAUUGGCUCAGGACCAACCGCCAAUCAGCAGUGUUUUGGAGAAGCAACAAAAAGAGAAAGACGAUAAGGAUGCAAUGGCUGUAGGAUUAGGGAAUAUUGCCAUUGAUGGAAAUCCAAAGUCAGACAAAAGAUCCUCGACCCAACUGAAACCUGAGGGGCUCAGCUCCUCCUUCCUUUUGAGAAGAUGAUAAAUGAAGCCAUGAAGAGGACGAAGGGCGUGUACAAUGAAAAAAAGGUGUUCUGUGAUUGCAUUUCUCACUUUUAAGCAUUGUAUGGGAACAGUGAAGAAAGUUGGUGGUGAUUUUGAUUUGUUAAAAUGACCCCGGAAGACUGUUCCCUUUAUCUCUUGGUUGGAUAAUUCUUUACAAUGGAAAAGAUAAGCCCCAUUUCUUCA